AUGGAUGAGGAACCCAAUGCUAAUAAUACACAGAUUGUUCCUGAAAUGGAAACUAUGGAGGAUCAACCACCGCAUGUUGAUGUCAUUCAUGAAGAUACUAAAGAUCACUUCCAAACUGACUUGACGUGGAAAACCAAAGAAGAAGCUGUUAAAUGGGUUGAGGAACAUGCUUGGAAAAUCAAUUGCGUCCUAGUUAAAGGUAGACAAAGAAAAAAGGAGCGGGUUGAGAUGGUUUGUGAGAGGGGUGGGAAGAAAGUAAGCAAGAAGAAAAAAGGUAAGCCAUAUGUUGGGAAGACCGGGAAAAAAUAUAAGACUAAAACAAGGAAGAUAAAUUGUCCUUUCAAGAUCGUCUUAAAAUGGAACAUAAAUGAAAAAGUUUUCAAAAUGAAUGAAGAUAUGGAUUUCCGUCAUAACCACCCACGUCCAAAGGAUCUUCAUGGACAUUAUAGAGCCGAAAGACUAAAAUCUCAUGAAUAUGCGGAGGUAGAUAAAAUGACACGAGCACGUAUGGCACCCUCUAAAAUUCUUAGCAAGUUGAAGGCGGAUGAUAAGAAUAACAAGACUGCGUUGCAACAAAUCUAUAACGUGAGAAGUACUUUGAGAAGAAAGGAUUUUCAAGGUAGGUUGGUGAUGCAACAAUUAUUGUGGUUGGCGCAAAAGAAGAACUAUGCUUGCGAAAAGAAAUUGGAUGAAUUUGUCCAUGUGACGCACCUUUUUAUUGCCCAUCCGGAAUGUGUAAAGUUGGCGUUAUGCUUCCCACAAGUUCUCAUAUUGGAUUGCACUUACAAGACCAAUAAGUAUGAGAUGCCCUUGAUGAACGUUGUUGAUCAUACGUCAACCAAGUCACCUUUCACCGUUGCUUUUUGUUUUUUUCAUGAUGAGUUGAAAGAAAGCUAUGCAUGGGCAUUGGAACAAGUGAAGUUAAUCUUCCGGGAGGAUGCUCUACCAAAAGUCAUGGUAACCGACCAAGAGGCGGUAUUGAUGAAGAAAUGCCAAGGGAUAAUCCAACCGCUCAAGUUGAAAGAGCUAGAGAAGAUUGCUACAUUACCGGAUGGAGAACGAGAAGUGAAGAAGAAAGAAUUCAGGAAAGCAUAUGAGGCUAAUGAAAGGAUGUGGGCAUGUUUCCACAAUGAUUGGGAAGCUUUGACUUGGUCCAUCACCGAAGAAGUGUAUGAAGAAAAUGUUGCAAAGCUCAUUUCGAAUUGGGGCGUCAAAUACCCGGGAAUCAUUAUAUAUUUACGCAAGCAAUUCUUGGAUACCAACGCGCAUAGAUUUGUUAGUGCAUUUAAAAACCACCAUAAUCACUUCGACAACCAAGCUACAAGUAUGGUAGAGUCGGCUCACUAUCGUUUGAAGAGUAAUCUAUUUGGGUGCGUGGAUACGUUCGUCACGGUGUUUGACGCAAUGGAAGACUAUUUCAUGAGUGACGUUAUAAGAAUCAGAACGUUAUUCGAAAAAAGUCUAAUGAUGAAGCAUGAUGAAUUCCCAGAUGAUAAGUGGCUCCGGGGACUAACCCAUAGGGUCUCUCAUUUGUGCAUUGAACUUAUAAUGAAGGAAGUGGAUUUGAUGGAGAAAAUGGAUGCUAACUCCCAAGAAGAGUGUGUUUGUAAAAUGAGGGAAAGCAUGGGACUUCCAUGUCGGCAUGAACUACUUCGGUACAAGGAUUUUCUUAUACCUUUUGAGGUUAUUGAUCCUAACUGGAAACAAUUGAGUAAUGAUCCUAUGCCCGACGAGGACGAUGAUGUAGAUAUUUGGGACACACCUUAUGGCAAAAGGUUGGCCGAAAUGUAUCGUGGGAUGUUGCGACCUCAAAAACAAAUAUUAUGGGACAAUAUGAUGCCAAUACUCUAUCCUCACACCCAACAAGGUAUAUUCGAACCGGAAAAGGGGCCACAAAAAGGUAUGCCACCCACGAAAGAAAACCGAAAAGAGAAGAGAGCAAGAGCGUAUGCUCUUACUACCAAAAAACCCACACCUACCACAAGGGAUCCAUGCGGGGUCGAGUACCAUGAUGCAAAGUACGAAGAAGAGAAUAAGGCAAUAGAGAUGUUAGACAAGAUGGAUGAAGUGAAGCUAUCAAAGAAACGUGGUCGACCGAGCAAGGAUAAAGGUGAAACACGUAAAAAAGAAGUUAAGAAUAGUGGUCCGCUAUGUCCUCCCCCAUUGGAAGUAGACGUCAAGCUUAAGGGUAAGAUGUUUCCAUCUCAACAAAUCGAAACAACAAAGACGACUCUGGUGCCCAAGCAAAAGGAGAAGAAAACCAUAUAUGUGGAAGGGGAUGGUAAUUUUGGUUUCCAUGUCACCGCGGAAAAACUAGGGCCUUUUAAAGAUGGGAACCAUCCGGUUUCCCAAGGGGACAAAGUAAAUUAUAUUCGGCAAAGAUUGUUACAAACACUACGCCGAAACAGGGACUUCUACAAGUCAAUGAUGCGAGGUGGUGGAGACCAUGGGGUUGCACACGAGUUCAUUAGUUUUGAACGGCAUUUACAUGGGGAUGAUGUGAUCACAAGAGAUCAUUGGAUGCAAAUGCCGAUAUGUGGGUUUUUAAUCGCGGAGACCUUCAAUUGUGUUGUUCAUUCUUUUGCGAGGGACGGAAGUUGUUACACCUACGUGCCGCCAACAAAACCUUGCAAUGAGAGUGUGAAAGGUAGAAGACUUGUUAUUGCAUUCAAGGCUUCCAUUAUAUCGGUCUUAAGCUUAGACCCGGUUGCCCAAUACCUCCCUUAUGCCCUUUAG